AGUAGGUAUUUCUUUUCCACGCAAUCGUUCCAAUUUUGAACCAUGCGUUUCCUUUUAUUAACGACGCGUAUAAAAUGAAACCUAUAUUAUAUUAUGUUUUAAUUUACUUAACAUUUGAAUUUGUUUAUUUAAGUGAAGUCAGCAGCUCGUGCGAAUGUGGUAUCGCGGGGAAAAACCGUCGCAUCGUAGGUGGCAGCACAGUUCCGCCACACCAGUAUCCAUGGCUAGUGGCCCUCAUGUUGGGAUCGAAGCUCCACUGUGGAGCAGCUAUUAUCACCGACCAGCACUUAUUGACUGCAGGUCAUUGCAUCACUUUUGGGGUUCAUUACAAAGAUCUCUCCGCGCAUAUCGGAAUGCAUGAUCGCUUGGGAUCGUCACACUCCGUGCUCGGAAUAGCAUACGGCGAGAAUCAUCCGAAUUUCACCUCGAAUGCUGUGCGAGAUAUCAACGAUAUUGCGGUGUUGACGCUGGAGAAAACACUCAAGUUUUCUGACAAAGUUCGGCCAAUAUGUUUACCUAGUAAAGACAUGGACUUCCGUAAUCUGGCGCUGACGGUAGCGGGGUGGGGUAAAACGAGGCAAGGGGCACUAACUUCUUCGCGGUAUUUGCUGGAAACCAAAGUUAAAAUCGUGCCAAGUGCUACUUGUUCCAGAUCCGCCAUAUAUAGGCAAAAUCUUGUAUCGGAUUCAAUGAUGUGCGCUUACAGUCUGGGGAAAGAUGCCUGUCAGGGGGAUAGUGGUGGACCUAUUUUUGCCACACAUUCGCGAACCCAUAACAAGAAAUGGUAUCAAGUAGGUAUAGUUUCAUGGGGGAUUGAUUGUGCUAUGCCAGACUAUCCAGAAUGUGGCAAGCCAUCUGAAGACAUAGUGUCAAUGAGGAUCGUCGGAGGAAGGAGGGCAGAACCGCACUCAUACCCCUGGACUGUGGCUAUCACGAAGAAGGAUAAGAUGCACUGUGGCGGUGCUUUAAUUACGGACCAACACGUAUUGAGUGCUGGUCAUUGUUUUAAGUGGGAUGAUCCAUCAAAUAUGGCGGUACUAGCCGGUCUGGAUAACAUGGACGAUCUAUCGGAAGUCGAGAAGAGAACCAUAUCGGAGGUCGUCAUUCACGAGGACUUCACUUCUUCAACCGUUCGAGAUGAAAAUGACAUAGCAAUCGCUGCAUUAAACGAACCCGUGCCAUUUAAUACGAAAAUCAUGCCAGUUUGUUUACCGCAACCGGGACAAAACUUCGGUGAUAGAAUGGCUACAAUAGUUGGUUGGGGUCGCAUGGGUGAGAACGAAGCACCCUCGAAGGUUCUGUUGAAAGCCAGCCUUCCCAUUCUCACGGACGAUGAAUGUAUGAAUUCGAAACUGAAAGGCCAUUUGAAGCAAACCAUGAUGUGCACUUACACUAAAGGGAAGGAUGGCUGUCAGGGUGACAGUGGAGGACCUCUUGUGGUGUUUGAAACAGAUGGAAAAUUUGUCCAAGCAGGAAUUGUAUCAUGGGGAAUAGGCUGUGCAGAUCCCAACUAUCCAGGAGUAUACACGAAAGUUAGUAAUUACAUCGACUGGAUAAAAGAGAAUUCUGCCAGUGGGAAAACGUGUGAUUCAUAGCAUUGACAACUACUUACUUAAUAUACAUAGUAGCCUACACAAUAACAUAGGUUUAAAAAUAAAACCAAAGUGCCUAAUAAUUAAAAUAAAAUUAUUAUUGUUA